AUGCGCAGAUCCGCAGCAUCUUCACUUGUCUCUCUCUCGCGGCCAUUUCGCUUCAAUCUUUCUCAUCGAGCGGUUUUCUGUACUAAUUUACGCUCUGCCGUGUGUGAAAUUUCAUUCUCUGCAAUGGCUCCCAAGCGUGCUGCUCCUUUCAAGGCUGGUACUCUGCCUAAACGCAAGAGAAAUAUGAUGACGAUCGCUGAUAAGAUGAAACUUCUGGAUAUUUUGAAGGAAGGGAGAACAUUCGCUACCGUAGCCCGCCAUUUUAGCGUGAACGAAUCCACCGUUCGCUACAUCAAGAAGUACGAGGCUAACAUUCGGAAGACGGCUGUCAUCCCCUUUAAUAAGUCGGCGAAGAGAGUGGUUACGGCUCGUAAUACAACUAUCAUCUGUAUGGAAGCUGCGUUGGACACGCACGCAUCUAUCUAUCUAUCUAUCUAUCUAUCUAUCUAUCUAUCUAUCUAUCUAUCUAUCUAUCUAUCUCUCUCUCUCUCUCUCUCUCUCUCUAUAUAUAUAUAUAUAUAUAUAUAUAUAUAUAUAUAUAUAUAUAUCGUUCCCUACAUCCAUUGA